UAUUCUUGUUUUUGAUAAAAGUGUUGAUCUCAGCGAAGGAACAAUAUUUCAUCGUCAAAAAUAUCUAUCGAAAACUAUUGAUUGAAAUAUUAAUUGAAAAUUCCAUUUUUCCUCCGCGGCUCGCCUGAGAAUUAAUCUUCGCAAACGCAUAAAUCAUGAAACUUGUGCUGCAUUACAGAAUAUUAAAACUCAUUCAUUCGCUAUGGUGCAGUGUUUGCGCCGUAAGGUUCGAUCUGCCUGCUUCUCAAUUAGUUUCCAUUCAUCCAUGUUAGGAUGCCCAUUUGCCGUGGAGAACGGUAAGCCGUCGUCUGCACCGCAUGUGCAAUCUAAGGCAGCAAAAAGUUUUUAAUUAAUGGAGUGCUGCUGUACAGUUUCCCCUGGUUCUCCUUACUCUCUUGCGUUGCACUUUUUUUGUUGUAGAAUUCUUUUUUAUCUCAUUGCAACUUUUCGCCCCGAGGAUGGAGGAAAGUUUUCCAGGAUUUAAUUGCACGCAAACGGGUGAUACAAACCGAACACUGUCAGUCAAUGGAAGUUUGAUGUUUCUCCCAUUGUGAACACGACACACUGGGUCGAGAAUUGCAAAUCAGUGUGAAAGUUCUUGCACGUAGAGUUCAUAGCAAAAAGCCUGUUCAAAGGUGUGCAGUCCUGGCAGUAAAUGGUGUAUAACAAACAAAUUAAUACUAUCCGUUUACCACUUGAUACUUCGACUUGUCCAAUUUAAUUUUCCUGUGUAUUGAGUGUUGAGUUAAAGUUGAAACUACCUAGUGUAAUCGAAGUUUUUGAUUUUUUUUUGUAUUUUAUCCUGUUUGGCUAUGAUGAACAACUGUGCCGUGUGGUCACUGUAGCCCACGAAGAAUGUCAUCGAUCUCGAGGGCCGGCGAGACUAUCCAUGACCCGCAUUUCCAAUAAUAAACUUUUUGUCCUCGGUUAAUGGAAAUGAAAAUUGAACCGAGCGAGCUGUCAAUAAUUAAGCGAACAUAUUGUCUUUCUGCCAGGUCGUUGGGGCGUGGUCACGUGCGCGAACGUAUGGGAAGGACAUGGGACCAACUUUUUGCUACCCAUCGCUUCUGAUGAUGCAAGUACUCAGCGCGGUGCUGCUGUAAAAGAUCAAUAUUUCAUUUAUUUUCCUAAUGAUUUGUUUCGUCUUCGUCGUUCGUUGACUGAUUAAUGUAAACUAUUUAUUUAUGGUGUUUAUAUCACCUUUAGAAUUUGACUCCUGCGAAGCUAUUCUCGAAAGAACACAACAAAGCCAUCAAACGGGUACAUUCAUAGUUAAUCAACUGUUUAUAAAGUCCGCAAAUAUCAUUUUAAUCCAAUGUUUGAUGUUGAAUUAGAGAGUCUGGCUGAAUUAGAGAGGUGAGAAUUAAUAUUGCGGAAACAAUGAUGGUCAUUUUAGUCGCGAUUAGUUAAGAAGGUGUUGAAAACAAAUGAAAAGGAUAUUUUAGCAUCGAUAUGGUAAAUCAAUAGUCGAGUUCAUUUCCUUUGUCCAAAUUGGACCAAUAAAUAAUGAAAGUUGGCGUGAAACUGAAAUAUAAAACACUCGAUCCCACGCAACGAUUCCCUUCAGUGUCAUCCAGUUCGAAUUAUGGCAAUCGAAAUGGAAAAUAAUACCGCCAUGCAGUGGCUGUUUGGGUAGGGACGCAACUUUCAUCGUCAUACCAACCACCCGCCAUCGGUAUUAUCAUUAUCAUCAACAUCUACCAUUGAUUAUUCCACGGCAUUAACUCGAAUGACUUAUGAAGCAUAAGGGACUAUGGCAGCUAAGCCGGUCUGAAGCUGAAUGACGUUCGACGUGCUCGAGACAACAAGCGGCCCUUGGUGAAAUGGGUUUUCAUCGUUCCCGGACCGCGAUGCGCGAUGAUGGGAAUGGGUUUUAAAUGGCCACCAAAACAAUCUACCAAACCACCACCAUGAACUGACAUGAACGGAGCAGAGGUGUAUCCCUUAAAAUGGUGGAAAUGUGUUUUACGCGUCUAGCACUUGGAAAGGAAAGGUUUUUCUCUUUUUUUUGCCGUUUUCAAUUUUUACUUUUAUGGAUUUUUCUGCCCCAUUUCACGCACCAACUGAAGAGGGGAAAUUCAUCAUUGAAAACGAUUGACGUUCGCUUCCUGCUGGAGGCAUUCUUGAUCGACUGCUCAUUCAUUUCGAUGCUAGUCAAAAGUGGUUCUAGAGGGGUUUGCAAUUGCCAUGGGAGGUACUACCUUAGUAGAUCUGUGGAAUUUGCAGCCAAAGCUAGUAAGAUCCAUGUGGUUUUGUAAGAUAAAAUGGUACGAAAUGAGAAACUGGUUUCGUUUUAAUUAAAACCAUUCAUUACAAUUCUGAUAUUGUAUUUUGUGAGUUUAAGAUAGUGUCACCUUUGGACAAUUCGUGUCAGUGAGGCACACAGUUAACUAGAAUGCUAUUGAUCGAGUCGCAAAAUGAGAUUUAUUUGAAAUUUCUCUGUACAGUUCACUCGCUCACUGUGGCAGAUAUAUCACAUUAACCCAUGCGGCACUUCACUAUUAAAAUUUCAUCAAAGUGACACCUCACUUCGUCUAAUUACAAUUUAGCUAAAGCUGUGUAAUCACACCGAUCCAGCACCGUACCUACGUCCAUGUCUAGCUAAAUGCAUGUUUAAUGCAGUGCAGCACCAGCAGAUGUUAGAUUCACUCAAACCGUCCGCAACCACAACUGACAGCCCUUCAGAGAGUGCCCUUCCGAACGAAUUGCAAUUAUUAAACCACAGACAUCGGUGCGUUGUGGCUACGGCAACUGUCACUAUUCAAAGUGCUACAGAAGCGGGCUUAGAUAUAUGCACCGACAUCAUUACUGAUUGACGGUUAGGUUGAAUAUUUGAUUGACCAGCAUCAAGCUUGUCUGUGGUAUAGAAAUGUUGGUUACUACUUACGUGUCGACACCGAGCUAAAUACAUUUCACGCAAACAUCACAACAAAGGGAUACUGUUGUCAAAUGGGUUGUUAUGUCGAACAAAUUGUCAUUCAAAUUGUAUUAGUUAAAGUCUCGAAGGUAUUACGUGGACCACGAACUUGUUUGGAACUAAAAGCACUUGAACAAACAAUCGGGAAUGCUUUCUUUUCUCUUAGUUGUUUCACUGGGCCCCGAAAUGCUGUCGUUUCGCGCGUUUUCACCCACUGUCAACGCCUAACUGACGUGUCUAGAUCGAAAGAGCCAGUCGCCUCCCAGAUUGACAACCCCAAAUCUGUUCAGCUGUACCAACAGAUCCCAUCCGCUCCUCGUUCUUGCAACCCAAGUCUUGGAUGUGUUGGCCUCCAUCUUCUUUUCGAGCUCGUGGUGAUCAUCAGUUGCAGUAAAGUUCUCGAUAUAAGUGAACCUGGUGCUUGGUUUUAACAUUCUGGAAAAGUGAGAUGUUUGGUGGUAGCUGGAUUACUGGCCGUUCCCUGGUGGGGUUUCUGGUGAUCUCAUCCGGGCUGCUGGUCACCUGUAGCGGCUCGAAAAAUUUUCGCGCAUCGAGAGAACACAGAAGUAGGGAUGUAAAACCUGACGGAGCACCAAGUUUGAAGCCGGUAAAUGAUCGGCUCUUGAGCCACGUCAACCGGUUCAAGGUUUUACGCGAUGAUCUGCAUAGGCUCCAGACUUCGAAGGAGGAAAUGCAACCGUUAGCGUACCUUAAAGAGAUGAUGCGCGUCAUGGAUGCGCUGCAGUCGAUGGGUAAAGAAUGGAAAGACAUCGAGGAUUUGCAAAAGAAGGGCCCCAACGACGAGUUCAUAUCGAUGCUGGAAGAGAUGGAUCCGCUCUGUGCCAAUCGCAUACCUCGCACCCCGGACAAGGAAAUCGAACUGCGUUGCUCCUAUUUCUAUAUGAACGGAGAUCCUUUCUACCGUAUUGGCCCGCUCAAACGCGAGGAGAUAAACAAGAAUCCAUCCGUAGUGAUCUACCGGGAUUACAUCACCGAGAACGAGGUGAAAAUUGCGAAAGAGACAAGUGUCGUCGACCUGUCGAUAUUCAAGCGGAUCAAACUGGUGGCCAAGGAUGCGUUUAAUAUUGCCGUACGAAGAGUUGGUGAAAAGGGUUACAACGGGUCUGAGGUCAAGCAUUAUGGACUCAGCGUUAUGCUCUACCUGGAAACUUCUGGUCAUCAUGGUAACACGCUUUUUAAGGCAGGAAAGUAUGUGGUAUCACCAACCAGUGGAAGUCUGAUGGUAUCCGAGAGGCAUCCAUCCAUCUGUCCGGCGGACAAACCGUUGCUCGCUAUCACCAACUUCGAUGUGGUGCCAACAAGAAAGCAAUAAACUGAGAGACUGAUUGGCAUUCGGCAUUCCGGGCCGGAAGGCUGUUAUGCUGGAUGAAAAAAACCUCAACAAUCUCGAAUCCAUUUCGUUCAGAGCACGGGUUUGCAUCUACUAAAAUAUGCAGCCGCGUGGUUUUCAGAGAAUGCUCCCGAAAGAACUAUUCGCCUAUCCUCCAACCUGAAAUGGAAAACCAUUCGACUGGAACCCUUUAACUGAAUUUGAAUAUCAUCGUCAUGUAAUGUCAUCAACGUUAGAUCCAGGGUUCUGACGAUUACAGCCUUUAGUUCUUCAAACACAGGUGUACCGGGAUGAUAGCUGAUGUUUGCUCAUUUCCAUAUUUGUUUCAUCACCUUUUGUCUAUUCCUCAAAUGAUCAGCAUGGUGAUCGGUGGUAUUUUCCCUAUCAUGGCGCCGUAGAAGCUGUCGUUUCUCAGGUUCGAAAAUGUAUCAUCACACGAUUCAGUGUGGAAACAGCACCGUGCAUCCUCCUGCCGGUGGUGCUGAUUGGUAUUCCCAAAUGUUUGCCGAAACAGUGGAAGCGGAUUCAAUCAACAUCAAACGAAAAUUGGGAACUCCGCUCUACCGUUACGAUGCCAUGAGAAUACUGCGCUUGAAGAGUGUCUUUCGUGUGCAUGCAGAAUGCGGAGAGGAGCAGAUAUUUGGGCUGAUUUUGAUAAAGUUGAAGCGUGAAAGAACAGGACAACGUUAGAUGCACGGAAGUUACUAUAAAAUAUGAAUAGCUUUUUCAAACCAAAAAACUAAUCAUUUUAAAAUAUUUUAAAUUUAAAGGGACCUUGCAUUGCACACCUGUACUGUACAGUUGUAAAACCAAAAUAGUGCAUUCAAACAUUGUUCAAAUAUUAGAGAGUAAAAAUAUCGGAGUGGAAAUUCAAUCAAAUUACGCCCAUCAACGCUCGAGGAAAUGGGCACUAUACGAACAUGUCACUUCAUCUUCUGGAAAGCUUUCCUUACCACGGGGGGAGAAGCUAUGAUGUUUGUCGAAAAAAUGAAUAAAAUCCCCUCUCGUACAUUCUCGACCGGUGAUUGCUGCUGUCGACAAAAUGAUGGUUCCAAAGAGUUGGAUGCAUUUGCAUUCGUUCUCGUCUCUGUACCUGCCAGCCACAUCAGCUCACACAUCAUCCAUGAGUUUCGGGGAAGCUGUCAGCAGCAGGAGUCCUUAGUUCGCUGCGAAAUCAUCCUGUGGUAGGGGGUAAAGCUGUGUGCCUGUAAAAUAAACGAUUUGAUCCAAUUUUGUUCCCGGAACUAAUUAGUAGCAGGUAGCAGAUUGCGAUUCCAUGUUCCAUCCCUAUAUUGACAGGUUAGUUGGUGCUUGAUUUUCAUUUCACAUCCUGCCUAGGUCGAGUGGCAUUGGGGCACGUUAAACACUUGAGAGAAGUGUGGGCUUGGAAUACGUUUGACUGUUAACAUUCUAUUCAUUACCGUUUCAUUCCGUUUCAGUUUACGUAGACAUUUCGAAUUUUAAGGGAAAAUAUGUUGUACGCAAGCGCCAUUGGAUUCCAUUUUGAAAUCAAGUGGCUAAUAGAAAAAAAAAGUUUUAAUAAGAACUGUGUGCAUAUUUUAUGCUAAAAGCAUUAUGGUGCUUUACCAUUUGGUGGCAUUAAAAAUGUAUCGGCUCGUUUGGAUGCUACAAAGGGAAAAUUACAAAAUGAGAUGGAUUAGCAGUAUCAUACAUAAUUUUACUGGAUGACACUGAUUUUUUUUCUAGAAAAUAUUGAUUUUCACAAAUUUUCGGUAAUAAAUGGGAUAGACUAGAACAUACAAAAAUAUUCAAAUGAAAAAAUAUAAUAUAAAUAUCUAGAAUCUUUAUACAGCCAGCCAAACAAAAGCAAUCCAUUAACGUUUCUCUACAUCACUGCCAACGAACGAUUAUGGCGUCGACGCAACUGCUGAUCCGGCGUAACAUAGCCGUAGAUCUCAAUCCCAAGUUCCCAUGGCAAUAGUAGAUGAACUGAACCUUCUUUCCUAGCUGCUUCCUCUAGUACUGCCGUUCGUAGAAGCCCUGAACUAAUUGGCUUUGAUAAGUUAACGUUUCUCUAUCCGGCGGAGACGUUAAUUUAAACAGGAAACAUACUUGAAGUGUUCGCGAAUUACGCCUGCUGGCAAACAUCGCUAACGAGAUGGAGAUUAGGUUAAUGACACGUCCCUCACGAUGAUGAAAAUAUAUUUAAAAAAACUUUUAACUGAAACUCAAAAACGAAAACGAAACAUGUAGCUUCAGAAUACUUCCCGAGGCGUUGCUUCCAAGAUAUGGUUGAAUGUUUCGCGAAGAGGAUUCCCUUCUUCGCUAAUGAACGAACAAGAGUGAAGUCAAGAUGAGAGAAAGAUAAAAAGCUUUUGCAGACCUGCUCAACGGCAAACAUGCUUUAACAUCGCUAUUUUCCACUUUGGUGACCCGCUCGGACAUCGAAGGAGAACUGUAAGCUAAAGGUCCGGCAUCUCUCCGUUUGUUAGAGCUCUUCAUUAGAAUCCCAUCGGAAUCCGAAAUUACUUGAUCCGCACACCAGCGACCUAGAGGGAACUCGAGUAGUGGAUGCCGCUCAAUUGUGAUUAAUUUUAAUGAAUCCUUUGCAGCUGAUGUUGGAUGCCACUCGAGGAAAAUCCUUCUCUAGCUUCGUUCGAAGUGCUGGUACGGCUCAAAUUGUAAUAGAGAAAAAGGUGAUGUAUCUAUUGUUGGUUGUUGCUAUUGCGAAGAGUUUAGGAUAGAACAGAAACUCGAGAAUUUACCAGUGCAAUGCUUCCAUUGGUUGGGCUGCUUGUUGGGACGUUUUUCUAUUCUUCUCAAUCUCAUUUUUGGAGAGAAUAGGGUCGGGCAUCGCUGGUCAAAAGUUGUCCUUUCCCGACUCCUAUUUGACGCUUGCUGUGAAGGAUCAAACAAAGCUUCAUCUCAAGAGCUUCCGAGCAGAAGAGACGAUGAUUGACAACGGCCACUCGUGCAGCUGCUGGUAUAAGAUGUUUCAUUAAUUGCACGAAGAGAUCUGUUGUAGUGUCGGUGCAUCUUCAGCUCACGGUACCAGCGAGAAAGCUAUCUUUUAAUUGCUUAAACUGUACUUUCGCUUCCCUGCACUUGGUCUUCUCGGAUCGUUGCAGCUUCGGUAGCGCCCGGUCAAAGGGGGAUACAACUCCUUCGGUCGUUUCUCGGUGUCCGACCACAUCCUCUGGUCCACCCACCAAUCAAACACUAUAAUUCUAGGACCGUUCAUCCCAUGAAAGUUGUUGGUAAAAUUAAAUUAAAUAGCGAAUGAGAGCUGCUUGUCUAGUGCGCUACUUUUGCUUGCCAACCUCUCAGGCUGUGGCGAAACCACAGGCAAGGCGUGCACUUGCAAGUAAUUUUCAAAUUUCAAUUUGUGGCACUUCUCCAUCGUACGGUGGCAGCGUUUGAUUCGCCGUUUUCAGGAUGAAGAAUAUAUAUUGCCACCGGUCGCGAACAAUACACCUCCCGUACCAAUCGCUCACGGACAGUAACAGUGCGAGCUUUUCGUUUCUUGAGCAACCGAUCGACAAAUUCUUUUUUCUUUCUUUUUUUCCUGAGGCUGAGGCAAUUUCAUUCGCAUCAACGGCUGGCUCUUCUGGGCUGGUGGGCCGUCUAGGCCGUCGUUUUGGGCCACGCACCACCCAGGGCACCCUGGCAUACGUUUGCACCAUUCAUCUUUUUAAACAAAAUUUAUCACCGUUAAACUUCCACUUUCGCGGGUGCGCGCGCCAACCAACGGUUUUUGCAAUUCUGUUUUUGUUACGGAAGCACCGAAUAUCGGCCGUGCUGCUGAUGGGAGAUUUAUUCCGUUCCGAUUUUCAUCUUUACAAAGCACCCUUGGGCCCGAACGAUUCCCGGUGUGGCUGUGGUACGCUGAGGCGAGUCCGUGUUCAGUGAAGUGACGGGUGUGAAAGUGAAAUGUGUGUGUGUGUUAUGCUUUUGCCUCGUUGCUUUUCCAGCGAACAAACAACAUAAAAAUCACAACAAAAAUCAGAAGCUUUCGUCCCUUCCGAGACGAGCUCUGGACGAGGAAGGACGAAUGGGUGUGGGCGGGUUGGUGAAAAGGCGACAAUUUUAUUUUAUCAUCAACUGUCACACGCUUACGUACGUUUAUUUGCGAAAUGCCUCCGUUUGGUGAACGAGCUUGACGGGGGUAGAAGAAGGUACUUGCUAGGAAAACCAUGAAUUUUACUUUCUUUAAUGUUCGUGAAAGCACUUUUGUAUUGAUUGCGACCUAUGGUGUUCGCAAAUGAAAUCAAACUACCGUUAAAGAGUCUAUUUGUUCCGACAUGUGUACGGCAUUGUAUGGUUGAAUCAUUUGAUUUGCAUGCACGGUUGUGAUUUACGAUGAUUUGCUCUUUUAUGAACCCAUUAAAUCGUGUGUGUUUUCGACGUAUGCUACAGUCAUCCAAGCAUU